AUGCUCUCACGUACCCUUCCAGUAUUUUUUGCGACCAGCAUACCAACAAGAAUGAAAAUUGUUGUUGGUGUAAAACGCGUCGUGGAUUACACAGUGAAGGUACGUGUGAAGGAUAAUAAGAUUCAGAGUGACGCUCUUAAAAUGAGCGUGAAUCCGUUUGAUGAAAUUGCCAUUGAAGAGGCUAUUCAAAUGAAAGAAAAGAAACUUGCAAAAGAGGUGAUUGCAGUAACCAUAGGAAACAAAAAAGCGGAGGAAGUUCUUCGAACAGCAAUGGCACUUGGCUGUGACAAGGCUAUUCAUAUUGUUACCCCCGAGGAAGAGAGUGAUGGUCUUGAGCCACUCGCUGUUGCAAAGAUUUUUCAGAAGCUUCAUGAAGAACUUAAACCAGAUAUAUGGAUACUAGGUAAGCAGGCAGUGGAUGGAGAUCUUGGAGUUACAACUCAGCUGCUUGCUGGUUUACUUGACAUUCCACAGGGGACCUUCGCAUCUAAAAUUGAAGUUAACAAUGGAAAGGCGAAAGUAAGUCGUGAAAUUGACGCUGGACAUCAAAUCGUUGAACUGCAAACACCCUGCGUUAUUGCUGCGGAUCUUCGACUCAAUACUCCUCGAUUUCCAAAGUUGCCAAAUAUCAUGAAGGCGCGAAAGAAACCCAUUGACACUCGAGAUGUGACUUCACUAGGUGUGGAUAUAAAACCUAGAAUGACAAGGAAGAAUGUAACGGAACCGGCACCUCGCAAGGCUGGUAUCAAGGUAAAGUCGGUUGAGGAGUUGUACGAUAAGUUGCAGAAUGAGGCUAAAGUGCUCUAG